ACCUCCCCUUCUCUUUCCUCACUGACAACCCCCACCCCCAUCCCAGCAUUUGGACCCCCUCCCGCUCCUCCCUUGGCCCCUCCCUGAGCCCUCCCACGGUCUCCCACCCGGCAUGGGACUGCGUCAUAAGUAUCCCCAGACCUGGGCUUGCAGCUGCCUAAGACAGACGAGGGAGAAAGUAGGUCCUGCUAGGGUUAGCGCGAUCUCUUUACAACCUGUAGCCCGGGACGCUGAUUUGAGCCACGCCUUACCACCAAGCCCAAAGAUUCACUAUGGUGAAAAUUGCCUUCAAUACACCUACGGCGGUGCAAAAAGAGGAGGCGCGGCAAGACGUGGAGGCCCUUGUAAACCGCACGGUCCGAGCUCAAAUCUUGACCGGCAAGGAGCUACAAGUUGCCACCCAGGAAAAAGAGGGCUCCUCUGGGAGAUGCAUGCUUACUCUCUUAGGCCUUUCAUUCAUCUUGGCAGGACUUAUUGUUGGUGGAGCCUGCAUUUACAAGUACUUCAUGCCCAAGAGUACCAUCUACCGUGGAGAGAUGUGCUUCUUUGAUUCUGAGGACCCUGCAAAUUCCCUUCGAGGAGCAGAGCCCUACUUCUUGCCUGUGACUGAGGAGGCUGACAUUCGAGAGGAAGACAAUGUUGCAAUCAUUGAUGUGCCUGUCCCCAGUUUCUCUGAUAGUGAUCCUGCAGCAAUUAUUCAUGACUUUGAAAAAGGCAUGACUGCUUACUUGGACUUGCUGCUGGGGAACUGCUAUCUGAUGCCCCUCAAUACCUCUGUUGUUCUGCCUCCAAAGAAUUUAAUGGAGUUCUUCGGCAAACUGGCUAGUGGCAAAUACUUGCCUCACACUUAUGUUGUUCAUGAAGACCUGGUUGCUGUGGAAGAGAUUCGUGAUGUUAGUAACCUUGGCAUCUUUAUUUACCAACUUUGCAACAAUCGCAAGUCCUUCCGCCUUCGUAGAAGAGACCUCUUGCUGGGUUUCAACAAACGUGCCAUUGAUAAGUGUUGGAAGAUUAGACACUUCCCCAAUGAAUUUAUUGUUGAGACCAAGAUCUGUCAAGAGUGAGAGGCAACAGAAAAAGAGUAUCCUCCUAAUAAGAAGUUAGAGAUUUACAAUAUGACUUCAACAUUAAAGGUGUAGGAUACUCAUAUUUACUCAUGCAUAUACUCUAUUGCUUAUGCCAAAAAAAGAAGGAAAUAAAAACUACUAACCACUGCAAGUUCUUGUCAAUUUUUAGUUUAAUUGACAUUGCUUGUUGUUUGAAAUUGAAAUUAAAUGAUUCUGUGUUUUUCUUUUUAAUUUAUAGGGUUUAGGCUUCUGAAAGUAGCAUGAAUAUGUCAUCUAACAUCCUGACAAUAAAUUCCAUCCUUUGUGUAUGUGUUUUUAAGUAAGCUCUUCACUCAAUCAUAUGGUAAACCAUGUUUUAAAUUUAAAAUAUUUAAAAUUAUUUCUGAAUGUUUUGUGUAAAACAUGUCAAAUCUCUUAACAUUGUUUUGUUUUAUUUUUCAUUUUAUACAACUUUCCUGAAUUUAGAAAUUAUCUUUGCAUUUCUGUUAGGUGCUCUGUAAUAGAUCUGAUUUACAUGUAAAAAAUUUUCAUGAAGAAGUCAUUUUCACAAAUGCAGUGAUUCUAUCUCACUAAUAUCCAUAUUGUGAAAUCCAUAAAACUGUACAAGUGUUGAGGAAUUUAGGUUGUAUUAAUUCUACAACCCUAUAAUAAAUUUUACCCUAGUCAA